UGGAUGGAUCAUGGAUCAUUUUACGAAUCUGACAGAAAUUCAGAGAUUUUACCAGGACUCCACCGUAUUUCUCACCGGAGGUACCGGCUUCAUAGGAAAACUGGUCCUGGAAAAAGUUCUCAGAAGUCUUCCGGUAAAAAAAGUUUAUCUUCUGGUGAGGGCUAAGAAGAAUGCGACCCCAGCGACGAGACUCCGCGAGAUAUUCGAUUCCCUAGCGUUCGAUGUCUUGAAGAAGACUUAUCCCGAAGCUGUUAGUAAGGUGGAUCUGUUGGUAGGCGAUUGCUCACAUCUCGGGUUGGGUCUGAGCCCGGAAGAUAGGAAAACUUUUGUGACAGAAGUCAAUGUAAUCAUCCACUGCGCAGCGACUACUCGUUUCGAUCAACAUAUUCAACAGGCGACGUUCACGAACAUCAGAGGGACCAGAGAUUUGAUACGCUUGGCCAAUGAAAUAAAAAACUUAAAGACUUUUGUGUACGUCGGCACGGCUUUCUCCAACUGCUGUAAUCGAGAGAUCGACGAGAAGAUUUACGAACCGAGGAUCAGUGCUGAGAAACUGAUCCAAGUUUGCGAGAACUUGGACCCAGUAGUUUUGGGCGUCAUCGGCGCCAAGCUAGGGGAAAGAUGGCCCAACAUUUACACCUUCACCAAACAAAUUACCGAAGAUCUAAUCAACAGGGAGUGCCAACACCUACCAUUCUGCAUAGUGAGACCCACUAUUGUGGUGUCGACUGCCUUUGAACCUGUCAAAGGUUACUUGGACAACGUAUUCACUCUAGCCGGAUUUGUCCUGUUUGCAAUAUUAGGGAUAAACAGGAUCGUCUAUUAUAAAAAUAUUAUACUGGACAUCGUUCCUGCAGAUUUUGUAGUCAAUCAAUGUCUGGCUGCUGGUUGGCAAUGCGGAAGCCGUUUCAAAGCAUCCAAUCCCAGCAAAACGCUCGUGUUUAAUAUCAGCAGCGGUAGAGACAACCCUAUAUCUCAAGAUCAAGUUUUCGAUAUCUGCGACCACUAUUUUAGAGAAGUACCACCGUCGAUGAUGUUGUUUUUUCCUUGCACAUUCCGGACCACUUGCUGGUACAAUUAUCUGAUUAGUAGAUUCCUAUUUCAUACGCUCGUAUCUUACUGCAUUGAUGCAAUUUUGAGGAUCAAAGGGAGGAAGCCUUUCUUUGUCGAGAAGGCCAUAAAGCUUCACAACUUUCACCAGCUGUACCAGUUCUUCAACACCAACGAGUUCUACUUCCAUGUGGAGAACACCGACAAGCUGCUAAAGUUGAUGUCUUACCGGGAUCGGGAAAUGUUUAACUUCGAUAUGACGACGCUCGAUUGGAACACCUACUUCAUUCAGUACGGCAGGGGGUUCAGGGUGUAUCUGUUGAAGGAUCCCAUGUCCAAUUUGGCGAAGAGCAAGAGACGCUUUAAAAUACUCGAGGUACAAUUUUAUUUGGUCGCGGCUUUCUUGGUGAUCGUUGCUUACGUAUUGGGCAAAUACACGCUCUUCAGGGUACUCCCUAACAUUUUUAGUAUGGUGCGAUAUUUUUUGAGGGUGUACACCGGAACGAUGGACUUCGAGAACUUGACCGACAUUCAGAAGUUUUAUGAACACUCCACCCUUUUCCUGACCGGGGCCACUGGCUUUAUAGGCAAGCUAGUCCUUGAAAAAGUGCUCAGGAGCUUGCCGAUUAAAAAGGUUUACAUUCUGGUAAGGUCGAAGAAAAAUGUACCGCCCGUGAAGAGAGUUGAGGAACUACUAAACUCCCCUGUUUUCGAUGUAUUGAAAAAAUCUUAUUCCGACAGGCUGCAAAAAGUGUAUCACUUGGUCGGUGAUUGUUCGCAUCCUGGCUUGGGUCUCAGCUUGGAAGACAAGAAAACGUUUAUCGACGAAGUCGACGUAAUCAUCCACUGCGCAGCGACCACUAGAUUCGAUCAGCAUAUCCAACAGGCCACGUUCACCAACAUCAGAGGCACCAGAGAUUUGAUGGAUCUAGCUAAUGAGGUUAACAGGCUUAAGGCUUUCGUAUACAUCGGUACCGCCUUCUGUAAUUCAAACUAUCGAGAGAUAGAGGAGGAAGUUUACGAACCCAAAAUAAGUGCCGAGAAGCUGAUUCAAGUCUGCGAAGCUCUAGACCCGGAAGCUUUAGACGUCAUCACCCCUAAGCUCAUCGAGAAUUGGCCGAACACUUAUACCUUCACUAAGCAAGUCACCGAAGACCUGCUCCACAGGAAAGCUCACCACUUGCCGAUUUGCAUAGUGAGACCGACUAUAGUCGUUUCGACAGCGUUCGAGCCGCUGCAAGGUUUCGUGGACAACGAAUUUACUCUAGCCGGUUUCGCCAUGGUUUAUGCCCUGGGAAUUUGUAGGAUCGCCUACUACAAGGCCACCAGUCUGGAUAUUGUACCUGCUGAUUUUGUGGUCAACCAGUGCGUGGCUGCUGGUUGGGACAUCGGAAGCCAUUUUAAAAUAGCAAACCGAUCGGAAACAUCGAUAUUUCAUGUCAGUAGCGGCAAAAACAACCCUAUAUCUCAAGACAUGAUCUACGACAUGUUCGAUUACAACUUCAGGCAGAUACCAACCGUGUUGCUGCCGGCCUUUCCGUGCUCUUUUCGUACGACAUGUUGGUGCAAUUAUAUAAUAGGGAGAUUUAUUUUGCACACACUGGUCGCGUAUUUCGUCGAUCUCCUUAUGAAAAUCCAACUGAAGAGGCCAUUCCUAGUUCGGGUGGUCCAGAAGCUCCACAAGUUCCAAGAGUCGUAUCAGUUCUUCACUACAAACGAGUUCGAUUUCAACGUGGAAAAUACCCACAAGAUACUCAGGAGAAUGUCCUCUAGAGACAAGGAGAUGUUCAAUUUCGAUAUGAGAACGCUCGACUGGUCCAUAUACUUUAGUCAAUACGUUAGGGGAUUCAGAGUGUAUUUAUUGAAAGACCCCAUGUCGAGUUUACCGGAGGCGAGGAAAAAGUAUAAAAAACUCGAGGUUCAGUUUUACUUGCAAGUGGCUCUAGCGGUUGUUGCGGCUUACGUUUGCGGAAAGAUUGCCUUGUACGUAGUUCUUUCACGGGUAUUUGUUUUGCUGCUAUUCGUGCUAAAGCUGCUGGUGUGCUAAUGCAAUGGUGUGCAGGGGAGAAUUUUGAAAACGUUUUUGGCGAACGAUACUUUAUUAAAAAAGAUAUGACGUAAGCAAGAUUCAGCAACAGUAAAUUAGUGCUUUUCCGUUUUCAUGUCGGCUUAAUAUCACAGUGCUGUGCGUCAUUACCACCUCUAAUUAGAAACAAUUAGAAACUAAUUAAGGCAUUAAUUUAAGUGACUUUUCAUCUAGUCGAAAGUACUAACAAAUUAAGAAUUUAUUUCAACUAUUAUAAACUAAAGCGUAUGUAUACGUACAAUUUAAGAACAUAGCGAGUCGGACAUAAUAAUUAUGGUUUUCCAGGAUUUAUUUGUGUAAUUUAAUUACAGUUUUGGAAAAAAAUAGAGUAAAAUUAAUCACGGAAAUGUUAUUGUUUGUUUUGUCUACGAAGAAAUAUUUUUCAUUGCCGUUAACAUUAUCGCGAGGAAGCGAUAGUUUUUUUUUUCGGUAAUCUAAAACCCUUAAUAUAAAAUUUCUAUACCUUUCUCUGAAAAACUUGAAAAUGAUAUGUGUAUAUUAAAAGAACUAAAUUGGAGUCCAAAAUCCUCUAAUAAUGAAAUGAAAUAUUAAGAAUCUAGUAAAAAAACAGGUCGCUGAAGAAAAAAAGCUUUCUUCUCAAAACUUGAUAAAUCUCUCAGAAAGUAAAUCUAAAAAGAUGUGGGUACUGGUCAAUAAUAAAUUAGGUAAAAAAAUAAAUAGGAAUAUUAUUAAACUAAAUAUUAACAAUGUUAUUUUUACCAAUGAUAACGUAAUAGCAGACGAAUUCGGAAAAUUUUUUGCUACUCACACGCAAUUAAAAGUGGAUUCCAUGUUCACGAAUAAAGAAAGUGGCACUUUUACGCCUACUCGGGGAAAAGCAUGUAUUUUAUACAGUACAAAAUUCAUUGGCUGAAAAACAAAAGAUCUUCUGGUAUCGACGAAAUUCCUAUACGACUUAUAAAGGCAUGUUGUGUUAUUCUAAUCCCGUACUUAAGAACAAUCAUUAAUGAGUUAAUCUCGUUUGGGAAAUUUCCCUCAGCGUUAAGAAACUCGAAAGUGAUUUCCGGUAUUCAAAAAAGUGGACUCCACAUUAAGAGAUAAUUAUAGGCCUAUAACAAUAGCAAGUUGUUCAUCGAAAAUAUUAGAGAAGGGAGUGGAGUGGGAGUGUACAUGGUAAUCUCCUGUUUCAGCUCUGGAAUAGUGUUUGGUUUAUUUCUAUACACUCUGCUUUUUAGGUACCCCCAAAAAGAAAUCUAGGGGAGUAAGAUCACAUGAUCGCGGCGGCCAAUUUAUGUCGCCGUUACGUGAGACAAUCCGACCAGGAAACUUGCCCCGCAACAAUUGCAUCGUUUCUCUAGAUGUGUGACAAGUGGCUCCAUCCUGUUAGGACCACAAAUCUUCAUACCUUCCAUACCUUCCAACUGCUCCCAGAAAAAAUCAGAUAUCAUGUUUCGAUAGCGAACACAAUUAACCGUAACAGCGUUCUCCGCAUUAUCCUCGAAAAAAAGAGGGCCAAUUAUUCCUCCGCACCAAACAGUCACUUUUUGAGGAUGCAUUCCUUUUUGAACAAUCUCUCUUGGAUUUUCUAAUCCCCAAAUACGAGCAUUGUGUUUGUUUACAAAGGCACCAACGUGAAAAUCUGCCUCAUCGCUAAAGAUGAUUUUCGUUGAAAAAUGAACCCCUUGUUCUCGUAUCCAUUCUGCAAACACGCGGCGCUGUUGAUGAUCUCGAGGUUUCAACUCCUGAGUUAUUUGGAGUUUAUAUGGGUGUAGAUGCAAGUCUUUUGUUAAAAUUCGCUGUGUGGUGGAAUACGUAAGGCCCACCCACCACACAAAUUCCCCUCUGCAAAAAAGGGGACUCCACAUUAAGAGAUAAUUAUAGACCUAUAACAAUAGCAAGUUGUUCAUCUAAAAUAUUAGAAAACGCAGUGUACAACAUGGUUUCCGCGAAGGGUGCUGCACGGAAACGGGUACAAUCGAGCUUGUCCAACAUAAGAGGUUAGCGCCAAAAUUUCCCGGCCUGACAUAGAUGCAGCUCCAGUAUUACGAUAAAACUUUGUCUUUUAAAUAUAUAUCUGCUGCGAAAAAAAAUUAAAGUCUUGCGUCAAAUAGUUUUUUAUUGACAGUAUUUUAAACAAGAUGUGCACAAAAAAAUGUCGCAAAUAACGCAAAUUGAGUAUAGAGCAGUCAUAAAGUUUUUGACAAAAGAAGGGUUAGCACCUAAAAUUAUUAAAGAAAGGCUGGAUGUUGUGUACGGGGAACUAAACUAUCUGCAAAACGAUAAGCAUAAAGUGCAGAUCCAUUGAACUGCUUUAUCUACCAAUGCAGAAGCUUACUGUUAUAGGUAUUGAACUUGACAAACUACUGAAACAACAAAAAAAUUGAUGUAUUAUUGUAGGAGAUAUUAACUUAGACCUAUUGAAGCAAUUACAAGCUGUAAUAAAAAUAAAUGCUUUUAAAUUCCAAAAUAUAAUACUGCUACAAAAUGCAACUAGACAAACUAACACUACAGCAUCUAUACUAGAUCACAUAAUAACAUGCACAAUCAAACUGGAGGACAGCGGCAUAUCGGAUCACAAAGUAAUGUACGUAGAAGGAAGCGAUAAUUAUAAAAAAGAAGGAAAAAUUAGAAAGAAGUUACCUAAAUGAAGAGAAGUUACUCAAGAGUGUACAAGGAAAAAUGCAACGAAAAUGAACCGAAAAUUUUUCAGCAACUAGCUGAAAUAAUAACAACUAGCAAGAAAACUUGAAAAUAUAAACAGUGAAAAUAAAACACAAGCACAAAAGACAAACUAUACGUUGGAUGAAACAAAAAUUAACAACAAAUACUCUAAAAACGAAUAUAAAAAAGCAAGCAAUGAAUUAAAUAACUUAAGAACAACGCUUCAGAAACAAUACGCUGAAAAGAAGUUUAACGAAGCAAAAGAGAACUCUAAGGAGAUCUGGAAGAUUUUAAACGAAAUAACGAACAGAAAACCAAAGAAUACAUCAAAUACAAUCAAUAAUCAAAUAUACACUUUUCAAAAAUUGGAGAAACUUUAGCCAACAAAAUAGCGCAACAUUCCAAUACCAAUUUUGCAGAAGAAGAAGUUGUGGCUAGCAUAUUUUUGGAACCAACAACGGUCCUAGAAAUAAAGGAAACGAUUAACUCCUUAAAAAAUAUUUGUGCCCCAGGCAUCGAUGGCGUGACAAAAAAAGAUCUGCAGGCACUAAUCAAUACCAUUAGACAAAAAAUGGUAAAACUUACUAAUAAGUUGCUGUAUGUACAAAGCCAAAAACAUGUUAACUUAAAAGCAAGGUACUUCAAAUUUGCUGAUGACACUGCACUACUUUACUCUGGUAGUAGUGCGGAACAGCUUGAAGAACUUGUUAAUAAAGAUUUCCGGCAGUAUUUUGAGGGGCUGUGCUAUAACAGACUUUCCUUAAACGCUCAAAAACACCUUGGAACCUAAUACUCAAAAGAGAUAUUUAGGGCUAACUAUCUCUGAAAAUCUAAUUUGGGAUAAAUAUAUUGAGACUGUAAUUGACAAAACUGUACCAAUGCUAAGUGCAAUAAAAAGAUGUUCUCAUCAACUCAACCAAAAAACAAGACAGCCGCUUUAUAAUAGCUUCGUAGAACCACACCUGAGAUACUUGUCAAGAUGCUGGGGAAACACCAGGAUAGCACAGCUAAAUACAAAAUUACAAAGGCUACAAAAUAAAGCACUUUAAAUAAUAUACUGAAUGAACUUUAAUAUGUGUAUUGAAGAAAUCUACGCAAACCUACCUUAUUUAAAAAUAUGUGCACUUAAGAUACUAGAACAAACAAAAUUAAUUUACAUAAUUCAUAAAAAACUGGACAGUGUUACAGCAACAGCACAAGAAACAAUAAGUUAAGAAAUGUAUACGCAAGAACCAAAAAGAAACAAGACUCGUCAAUAUACAGAAGUAUUCAAGUGUUUAAGAAAAUACCACAGACUGUAUUAAAGGGCACUACCAAGUAAAUGUGUCAUAACCUUAAAGACUUUAUAAGAAAAAUUACAACAUAAACUUAUAUUAACAAACUAUUAUAUUUAAUUUUACUAGAAUUUUAUACAUAUUUUUUGUGUAACUGUUUUUGUAAGGCCUCGGGGCCAGUUUUAUUGUUAACUGUUUAGAGGUCUGAAAUAAAUUAAAAAAAUAAAAUAAACAAACGUUCUUCAGAAA